AUGGCUGAAGAAACUACUCCAUUGGUCUCAUCCGGUGAUUCUGAAUCUACCCCAAGAGGCUACACACCCAAGGAUCAAAUUGAAUGGGAGUUUGGUGGCCCCAUUGGUGCAUUGGGAAUGAUUAUUGGAUUCCCAUUAUUGAUGUGGUAUAUGUGGAUCGGUGCUGAGUUUUACAAUGGUAAAUUCCCUUGGCCAGAACAAGAUCAAUCAUGGUCGUAUUUCUUGUUGUUGUUGUGGGAAUUAUUUAAAUUGAAUGGAUUACCCACAUUUGGCACUUGGUUGUUCUUCACUUGUUUUAUUGUCAUUCAAGGGGUGUUUUAUUUGACUUUACCCGGUGUUUGGACCAAAGGUCAGCCAUUGGCUCAUUUGAAUGGUAAACAGUUGCCCUAUUUCUGUAAUGCCAUUUGGUCAUUUUACACCACUUUAGCUGCGUGGUUGGUUUUACAUUUCACGGGAAUCUUACCAGCUUACUACAUGUUGGAUAAUUUUGGCAGAAUCAUGACGGUUGCCAUUACUUAUGGCAUUUCAUUGUCGAUUAUCUUGUAUUUGAUUUGUCUUUUUGUUACUGGGGACUAUCAUAGAAUGACUGGUAAUCAUAUUUACGAUAUGUUUAUGGGUGCACCAUUGAACCCAAGAAUUGGUAAAUACCUUGACUUGAAGAUGUUUUUUGAGGUUAGAAUUCCUUGGUUCAUUUUGUUCUUUUUGAGUUUAGGUUUGUGUUUUAAGCAAUACGACAAUUAUGGGUAUGUCACUCCACAAGCUGCCUUUUUGCUUUAUGCUCAUUGGCUUUAUGCUAAUGCUUGUGCUAAAGGUGAAGAGUUGAUUGUCCCCACUUGGGAUAUGGCUUAUGAAAAGUUUGGUUUCAUGUUAUUAUUUUGGAAUAUUGCUGGUGUGCCAUUUACUUAUUGUCAAUGUACAUUAUACUUGGCCUAUCAUGAUCCACAAGAAUAUCAGUGGUCCAUAGCUUACAAUGUGUUUUUGUUUGUUUUGAUUACAGUUGCUUAUUACUUUUUCGACACCGGUAAUCGUCAAAAGAAUAGCUUUAGAAGAACAAUGGCAGGAAACACCCACAUCCGUAAAACUUUCCCAUAUUUGCCAUAUUCUGAUAUCGAGAAUCCAAAGUACAUCAAGUGUCAAAACGGAUCAGUAUUGUUGACUGAUGGAUGGUAUGUUUAUGCCAGAAAAAUGCACUACACUGCUGAUUAUAUUCAAACAUUGACGUGGGCAUUAAUGUGUGGAUUUAGUUCCCCUUUCCCAUGGUUCUUCCCUGUUUUCUUUUUCAUCGUUUUGGUUCACAGAGGUUACCGUGAUCAAAGAAAAUGUGAAAAGAAGUAUGGCAAAGACUGGGACAGGUAUUUGGAAGCUUGUCCUUAUAUGUUUAUCCCUUAUGUUUGGUAA